AGCCCGACACAGAGAAGCACACAGCCUUGUUUUUUAGUUCACUGCAAGAACUCGAUCGCGCUUGGAUUAUAACUAUGACUCUGGAAGAGAUCCGCGGACAAGAGAACACAAUGGAAAACGCUGAUAGGGUGCAAAGUGCAGGCGCAGCCCUGGAAGAGCUGCUGGUCGCUGCUAAGAAGCAGGACUACCUGACAGUUGGAGUUUAUGAAUCUGCUAAAGUCAUGAAUGUUGACCCAGACAGUGUGGCAUUCUGCGUCCUCGCCACCGAUGGGGAGUACAAGUUUGAUUAUGCUCUUCAGAUCCACUUCACCCUCAUCCAGGCCUUCUGCUUCGAUAACGACAUCAACGUGGUGCGCGUCAAUGAUAUCGAGCGCCUGGCCGACCUCGUGGGUGCAGACGAGACCGGCGAGCCCAAGGACGCGCAUUGCAUUCUUGUCACGAGCCCCAGUGCAAACCCUUGGAAAGACCCUGCCCUGGACAAGCUGAGUCUGUUCUGUCAGGAGAGGCGCAGUGUGUACGACUGGGUGCCCACCAUCACACUCCCAGAACGCUGAAGUGACAGCCUGCUAAAUAUGCUUCACAUGAUGAUGAUGAAGAUGAUGAAAAGAAAGUCAAGGAGCUGAGCUUCAGCUGGGGGUGUCAAGCCUUUCUGCCUCACUUUUCUGGAUUAAGAGGCUGUGGCUGUAACCCCCCAUCCCUCUGCAAGAGUGCACCCUUCCAGUGCAUUCUGGGUCAGCACGUUGGUUCUGGAUUACCCAGAGGAAGGGGUUCAAGUUCAGAGGUCAAGUGUGGACUAAGUCAGGUGUUUGUGGAGUGGACAGAAAGCCUGAGGGGCAAUGAGAAGGAGUUGGACUGGACUGCACACUGCAGGAAAAGAUGAUUAGUGGUGACCCAGGGAGUGCCCUGGAUAAUAGGCACCGGGGGAGGUGUGCAGAGAAGGUCACAGAGAAAGAGACUGUGCAAGAAAUGGACUUAUGAAAGUGUGGAGGCUGCCCUGAAUCUCAUCAAAGGGAACAAGGCAGAUGCUGGUCCUGAAGAGGGUAUCUGAAAAUGUCUAAGUGGACUUUAUUUUCCAGUGCAGCUAUCAGGACAUUCUUGGAAUAAGCAAAGACUUUGCUUGCAAGUCCUGAUUUCAGCUGUGUCUGUACCUGUGACACUUUUUCAUGGACUAUUGUUUUUACUUUCAAAUAUGCAGACAAACCAAUGCAAUAGUAAUUGGAAUUGUACUCAUUUUUAAUGUUUUGUGAAUAAACAUUUGGAGUCAAACUCA